AUGCAUUCUAUCUUUAUUUCUUCCAUAUUGUUAUUAUGUUCUGCAUUAUUCGCUUCAGCUGAUUAUGGUGUAUCUAGUCCUCCUGCUGGAGAAAUCUUUAACAUUGGAGAUAAACUUGAAAUAAAAUGGACAGUGGGAAAUAUCGUAGAACCUUCUGUAGAUGUUAAAUUGGUUCAUGGUCCCGCCGAAAAUUUACAAUUGUUUAGAAAGUUAUGUACACUUGAUCCAAAAGAAGGAACAUGUACAACUAUUAUCGACGAAAGUAUUCCUUCUGGAAUUGAUUAUGCCAUUAUCGUGGCUGGAAAAGAAACUGGUUUUUCAAGCUACUUUACUAUUAUAGCUAAAGGUCCUCUUCCUGAAAAUAAGGGAUGUCCAAAAAUGGGUGGUAAGGAUUGUCCUGAAAAUCUCCCUUGUUGUAGUGCAUCCGGUUUUUGUGGUGCUACUGAGGGACAUUGUGGAACCGGCUGCGAUCCGAAACAUAGCUUUAAUGGAAAAUGUCAACUACCAGGGACAUCUCAAAAAGAACCAGUUAAAGAACCAGUUAAAGAACCCGAACCACCAUCAAACUCUAUAAAUAAAUGUGGUGAUGUCAUCUGCACUGCCGAAUUUCCUUGCUGUAGUGAAUUCAACUUUUGCGGUUCUACUCCUGACCAUUGCGGUAAUGGUUGUCAAGCCGGUAAAAGUUUUAAUGGAGUUUGUAUCACAAAAGAAGAUAAUCUUGUCAAACAAAAAACUUCUUUAAGAUCCUCUGUAGCUGUAAAGUGUGGAAAAGAGAUAUGUAAUUCCUUGGCACCAUGCUGUAGCGAAAAGAAUGUGCAACCUUCAAACACUGCGGGAAAGGUUGCCAAGUCAAAAAGAGCUUGA